AUGUCUGAGUUGUUGUCGGCAGAGUUGUCGGCAGGAGAUGAACUGGAAUCUGAAGCAACGACAUCAAACGAAUAUGCUGGUAGUCUGUCGUUUCCCAGCGCCGCAGAUGAUGAGUCAAGAAUGGUAUCGUUCGUUUGGUCACAAGCUGAACCUACGCUCUAUAGAGCGGCUGCGGUAUCUGGUGAACCAGUGGGCGAUGCCAUUUUGGAAAUAUCCUCUGAGACGGUAGGAAGAUCAAGGCACGGUACUAAAGGACUCGAGAACGUAAACCGAGCAGAAUCGAUGUCGUUGAGAUGCGAAUCCGUCCCGAUCAUUGACGGAGGAAGACCAAAUUCAGAGAAGCCGUCGCAGGACAAAGGUGCGGAACCCGCAGUCGCACCAAACACACCUUCUUGGCUCAUCGAGCCAAGAGAAGCGGCGUUUUGA